AUGGUGAAAUUCUCGAAGCAGUUUGAAGCUCGGUUAGUUCCCGAAUGGAAUGAAGCCUUCGUUGACUACAGUCAACUCAAGAAAGAUCUCAACAAAAUCCAUCUCCUCGAUAGUAAUCAGAUCAGCUCGAAUAAAUUUGUUUCUUCUUUGAGAAAGUACACUUUUCUUGGACAUAAUAAGCACAAGCAACAUAGCCUCAUUCAAGUUCGUAAGAAACUUUCGACCUCGGCUAGUAAGGGAAACUUGUACGAGACUGAACUUACCGAACGAUUCUCCGAUAGUGAAGAAGCUGCAGUAGUUCGUGAGUUUUUUUCGUGUUUGGAUAAUCAACUCAACAAAGUGAACGCGUUCUUUAGUGCAAAGGAAAAAGAGUUUCUUGACAGGGGAGAAUCUUUGAAGAAUCAAAUGGAGAUUCUCGUCGAGCUCAACACUUCGUUAAGUAAACAACGAGACGACGACUCAAAUGAGGAUUUUUCUAUAUCAGCCACUAUAUCAUGUGACGAGGGCUUCAAUAGGGAAAUCACGGAAAUCGAUCUUUCGGACUCUCCUAAAUAUGGUGCGCUAAAAAAAUCGAUUGACCGAGUUGUCAAAUUCAGACAGAAGGAUUUAAGAAUUCACAUUCCUUUAACGAAUCCAACGCGCACGUUUUCAGCUGUCACGUAUUUGCUUUGGGAUGAUCUGAUAAACCAAUCAUCCAAGAAACGUGGAACGGAGGGAAAUAAUAAAUUGCAUAUUAAUAAAAGGAAGCUAUACCGUGCGGGGAAAAUGAUUAGAGGAGCGUUUAUCGAGCUUUACAAAGGAUUAGGGUACCUCAAAACUUAUAGGAACUUGAACAUGCUUGCUUUUGUCAAGAUUUUGAAGAAAUUCGACAAAGUGACUAAUAAACAAGUUCUUCCCAUUUAUUUGAGAGUGGUUGAGAGCUCAUACUUCAACAGUUCAGACAAGGUUUUGAAAUUAGAAGAUGAAGUUGAGGAGCUCUUUGUCAAGCAUUUUGCUAAAGAUGAUCGAACAAAGGCCGUAAAGUACCUUAAACCAACUCACAGAAAAGAAUCACAUUCUCUGACAUUUUUCGUCGGACUAUUCACGGGUUUUUUCGUCGCGCUUCUCGUUGGAUAUGUGAUCAUAGCGCAUACUACAGGAAUGUACGAAAUUAAAUCCGAUUCGAUGUAUAUGGAAACUGUAUAUCCAGUCCUUAGCAUGUUUAGCCUGUUAUUCCUACAUUUAUUCCUCUACGGGUGCAACAUUGUUAUGUGGAGAAAGACGAGAAUAAAUUACAGCUUCAUCUUCGAACUUUCUCCGACAAACGAACUGAAACAAAACGGCAUAUUCUUGAUUUGUAGCACAUCAAUGGCUGCUGUCGUAGGAAUCUUUUUCGUUCACCUCUCACUUGUUGCGAAAGGAUAUUCUUUUAUUUCUCGAGUUCAAGCCGUCCCUGGAAUUAUACUCCUGGGGUUCAUACUAGUGUUAUUGUGCCCAUUCAACGUAAUCUACAAGUCGAGCCGUUACCGUUUCAUUUCCGUAAUAAGGAAUAUAAUCUUAUCGCCUUUUUACAAGGUUGUAAUGCUGGACAUUUUCAUGGCUGAUCAACUUUGUAGCCAAGUGCCCAUGCUUAGAGAGCUAGAAUAUGUAGCAUGCUACUAUAUAACUGGAAGCUACAAAAAUCAAGAUUAUCAAUAUUGCAUGAGAAACACUUACUAUAGGGAUCUUGCUUAUGCAGUUUCCUUCCUCCCAUAUUACUGGAGAGCCAUGCAGUGUGCUAGAAGGUGGUUCGAUGAAGGUGAAAAAAGCCACCUACUAAACCUCGGAAAAUACGUCUCCGCCAUGCUGGCGGCCGGAGCCAAGGUGGCGUACGAGAAGGAGAGAACCGUAGGAUGGCUUUGUCUAGUUGUGGUGUUGUCAAGUGCGGCAACUCUUUACCAGCUGUACUGGGAUUUCGUUAAGGACUGGGGCUUGCUCCGGUUCGACUCCAAGAACCCGUGGCUAAGAGACGAAUUAAUGCUUCGACAAAAGUUUAUUUACUUUUUAUCCAUGGGAUUGAAUCUUGUUCUGAGGCUAGCUUGGUUGCAAACGGUUUUUCAUUACAACUUCGGAAAAGUCGAUUACCGAGUGACGAUGCUGUUUUUAGCAGCACUUGAGGUUGUAAGAAGGGGACAGUGGAAUUUUUACAGAUUGGAGAAUGAGCAUCUGAAUAAUGCAGGAAAAUAUAGAGCUGUUAAGACAGUGCCACUUCCAUUCCAUGUAAUGGAUGAGAAAGAUUGAUUAAUUUAUACUUUGGUCGCUCGCUGAACAUGUGCAGGUAGUGGACGCGUUCUGAAGUCUAUAAAUACCAGUCCACAUUGCCAGUUUUCACUACUGAUGCUAGAAAAGAAAAACGAUUAAAAUUAUUAAUAUAUCUCUCUCUUAGAUUUUGCUGUAAGUAUUCAUCUUUGGCGCAUAGUUUAUAAGUUAAGAGAUCUGUUAGUUUGUGUUGAAAAAACUUGACUUGACUGUACGAAGGAUCUGUUUAAGAUACCUUUAUAAUAGAAAAGAUUGUUUACAUCCUUUCA